GGGGACCCAGGCCUCAACUUAAAUCCUCGGAUUUGUUUAGAAUAAUAAUAAUAAUAAAAAAGAAAAGACGCACGUCAUCGUAAACAAAUGACAUAACAUUUACGCACACUGGCAAAUAUAUGUGUGUCUCACACUUUAAACUGCACGUGCGUUUGGUAAUAACCCCGUCAUAAAUAAUAUUCAACUUUAAAUUCACACACAGAGCUGAUGCGUCACGCGUUGUCGGCAAUUUGAACCCUUUUUUUUAAACCCUCCAAACCAUUUCCCGUCCACGAGCCUGCCUCUUCUUUGCAAGCUCCAACUCACGGAACAUAAACAACAAUACCGCACAACAACAACAAGAAAACACAAAAAAAUCCCUUCUCCUGUCGUGAUCCUUUCGCCUUCCCCCCCGAAAAAAACCUUCCUCUAAAAAAAGUAGGCGGUAAUUAUUAGUGGAAAAUGGCGUUGCGCUAUUAAGUCGCCAGAGCGGCUACCUGCCAUUGGAGGGGCACCUGGGAUUGAUGAGGCGCGGGGACCAAUGAGGCUGCGAGGAAUGAAUGAACGGGCUCCAGUUAAAGGGGGCGGUAGAGGAGGUAGAGCCAGUCCACGGAGAAACAGGGACCCUCCGCGAUAAACACUGGCGAGCCAGAGAAAUAAACCCACGCCCGACUGGAACGGCGCUUUUUCUGAGAUGCUCCAGCCACUCUCGUUCUGCGCGCGCCCAGGGCACCUCUAGAUAAUCGUUUCAUUCUUUUUUGAGCGUAUUGUUUUUUUUUUGUAUGCUUUUUCUGCUGUCACAGUCAAAAGGAGAGAGGACACGAGGAAACUCUUCCCAAUCAUCUCUUAUUGGAUUUUUCGUUUUUUUUUUGUUGUUGCCACAAGUAAACUACAAGUAAAUUCAGUGUUUGUUAAAGCUUGACGAUUUGCCUUUUUCCCCCUUUUCCCUUUUUUUCUCCCCCCCCAAUCCACGGACCGGAGCAGCGGUCUGAAUCCUGAUAUGGUGUUUUCAAAUCUGGAAGUUGACUCGCUGCGUACCAGCACCAACAUUUGAUUUGUUUUUUAUUUUUGUGUGUUUUUUUUCCCCUCUUGAACUGAUUUACUGUAUAGCUGCGAGUCCCCCUUGAGUUUGUUUUCCGAACAAGCAUCAGCAAAAAAACAAAAGUCGCCUCUGAAAUUAUGUUACUGGAUGCCGGUCACCAGUUCCCCGGACUGGGAGUGGGUUCGUUCGCCAGGCAUCACUCGGCGAGCGAGAUGCAGGAGCGGGACUUGAGUUUGGCCCAGAACAGCUUCGUGGACUCCGCGCACAUGGGCGCGUUUAAGCUCAACCACGACCUCUCCCCGGGCCAGAGCUCUGCCUUCAGCAGCCAGGCGCCCGGCUACCCCGCCGCGGCUCUGGGGGCUCACGCCGCGCACGUCACGUCGUACGCCGGCUCCCCCUUCAACUCCACCCGGGACUUUCUCUUCCGCAGCCGCGGCUUCGGGGAGUCCUCCCCGGCCGGGGGCCAGCACGCUCUCUUCGGCCCCGCGGCGGGAUCCCUCCAUCACUCCCACACGGACACCCAGGGCCACAUCCUCUUCCCGGGGAUCCACGACCAGCACGCCUCCCACGGAUCCCCCAACGUCCUGAACGGCCAGAUGAGGCUCGGACUACCGGGAGAGGUCUUCGGACGCUCCGAGCAGUACCACCAGGUGUCCAGCCCCAGGACCGACCCGUACUCGGCCGCGCAGCUGCACAGCCAGUACGGCUCCAUGAAUAUGAACAUGGGCAUGAACAUGGCAGCCCACCACCACCACCCGGGCGCCUUCUUCCGCUACAUGCGGCAGCAGUGCAUCAAGCAGGAGCUCAUCUGCAAGUGGAUCGACCCCGAGCAGCUGAGCAGCCCCAAGAAGUGCUGCAACAAAACUUUCAGCACCAUGCACGAGCUGGUCACGCACGUCUCCGUGGAGCACGUCGGCGGGCCCGAGCAGACCAACCACGUCUGCUUCUGGGAGGACUGCUCCCGGGAGAGCAAGCCGUUCAAGGCAAAGUACAAACUGGUCAACCACAUCCGCGUGCACACGGGGGAGAAGCCCUUCCCGUGCCCGUUCCCCGGCUGCGGGAAGGUCUUCGCGCGCUCGGAAAACCUGAAGAUACACAAGAGGACGCAUACAGGAGAGAAACCGUUCCAGUGCGAGUUCGAGGGCUGCGACAGAAGAUUUGCAAACAGCAGCGACCGAAAGAAACACAUGCACGUGCACACGUCAGACAAACCCUAUCUCUGCAAAAUGUGCGACAAGUCCUACACGCAUCCCAGCUCCCUACGAAAACACAUGAAGGUUCACGAAUCCACCCCAUCAGCAUCAGACUCUUCGCCGGCUGCCAGCUCCGGGUAUGAGUCCUCCACCCCUCCGGGCCUGGUGUCCCCCACCACCGAAACCCAGAGCAACACCACCCUGUCCCCGGCCUCCGCCGUGCACAACCCCACCAGCCACAGCGGCCUGUCCUCCAAUUUCAGUGAGUGGUACGUGUAGGACUGAGUUGCAAAACCAAGCCACACACACUCACUUUCGCAGGAGGUUCGGGGACACGUGCACGACAGAGGCACACAAACAUUUAUUUUUUAUUCCAUUAUUUCCCCCGAUUCACCACAGAAGAAGAUGAUUACCAACAGAGGAAGAUAUGUAUAAUAAUCGAGGUGUAUUUCAUAUUGUAAAUAACGACUUCAAACAGAAGCCCACUUUCCAAUUGGUUGUGAUAGUUUGUCAGUCUUUGGUGUAUAGAUGUUCCUUCAAUGGUAGCUAUUUCUCUAACUGGACUUUUAGUGCACAUAUUACCACGGAAAUUGUACUAUAAUGUUGAAUAUUGUGAUCCUGAGGCAAAUUGAUUGUACUAUACUAAACAUCUAUAAACUGGAAAGAGUGCCAAAGUUAACCUUUAACUCAAACAGACCACAAUAUUAUGCUUGUGAAUGUAUAUUUUAGUUUGCUGGGCUUAACUUGUGAUGUUUUGUGCUUUGCAAGUUUGAAUUGUGAAAUACUAUCUGGAAAGAUUGUGAGGACAAUAAACGUUGUGCCGUUCGAUUUUAUUUUAUUUUCUUUCCUGUAACUACACCCUUUUGUAAAUAUCAGCUGCCAUAUUUAUCCAUUUGUAAUUAAAUUAUGGUAUUUACUUGCUACAGAUGAAACAGUAUUUAUAAAGAAUGUUUCUUUACUAUAAAUAUGUACAAUGACGAGCUAAACAUGGGCAGUUGUUUCGUUAUGUGCUUUUGUUCAAAGUUUUAAGAGGUGUUUUCUCCCUAAUUGUGAUAAGAAUUUUACUGCAUACAAAUAUAAUAAAAGGUGUUGCAAGUGCU